AUGAAGUUCCUCACCGGCCUCUCCUGCUUCGCUGCUGUUGCCAGCGCCGUUGUCGUCGAUCUCAACAAGCGCGACAGCCCCCUCGAUGUCAAGAUCGAGUCCACUGGCAACACCGCCAUCAAGGCAAGCAUCACCAACACCGGUGCCUCUGACCUCAAGGUCCUGAAGGCUGGUUCCAUUCUCGACAAGCUCGCUGUCGAGAAGGCUGAGGUCUUUGCUGGCUCCGACAAGGUCGAGUUCGACGGUAUCCGCCUUCGUCUCGGCACCAACGGCCUUCCCGAGGAUGCCUUCCAGGUCAUCUCCGCCGGCGAGACCGUCUCUGUCGAGUGGAACUACGGUGAAGUCCACGACCUCAGCGUCGGCGGCAAGGUUGAUGUCGCCGCCAAGGGCGCUCUCUCCAUCGCCGAGGUCGGCAGCAACGACAUCACCAGCACCGCCUCCUUCAGCUCAAACGUCCUGAGCGUCGAGGUUGACGGCGCCGCCGCCUCCAAGGUCCGCCGCGACUUCCGCGAGAACGUCAAGCGCACCGUCGUCCAGUCCGACUGCACCGGCACCCAGCGCACCGCUACCACCACCGCUCUCUCCAACUGCCGUGCCCUCGCUGCCGCUGCUUCCUCCGCCGCCUCCACUGGCGCCGCUGCCAAGAUGGUCGAGUACUUCAAGUCCUCUUCCACCGCUACCCGUACUACCGUCGCUGGCGUCUUUGCCAAGGUCGCCACCGAGUGCGGCAGCACCACCUCUGGUGUCUCCAAGCAGUACUGCACCGAUAUCUACCCUGCUUGCUCUUCCGGUGUCAUCGCCUACACUCUUCCCUCCGCUUCCUACAUGGUCAACUGUAAGUACCGCUGCCCUCACGACAAGAAACGGCAUAUCGUUUUUGGUGACUCAUCUGACGAAACUCCCCGCGCCACAGGCCCCUACUUCUUCAACAGCCUUACCGCUCUCUCCAGCACCUGCCACGCUCAGGACCGUGCCACCACUGCCCUCCACGAGGUCACCCACUUGACCCAGAUCAAGGGCACCACCGACCAGAGCUCCUGCUACGGUUACAGCUGUGUCCAGAGCUUGACCGCUGCCCAGAACCUGAACCACGCCGACACCUACGCCCUCUUCGCCAACGCCAUCUACGUCGGCUGCUAA